GUGCAGUGAACUAUUAUAAUUGUGUGUUGUGAAAUAAAACUCAAGUAACCCAAGAUCAAGGACUUUCAUUUAUAUUACAUGGUGUCAGAAGUCAAGAAGAACUCAAGUCAAAAAAGUCGAAGUCUGGAAGACAGUCGGUCGCGAAAAUGGACCAGUCGAGUUCCGAGCCAUGCGGCGUGGGCGACCAUAAUGGCGUCCAAGGCCUUAACAGCAAAAUAAAAUCACUGCAAAUUUCGUCAGAUUCCACAAAUAAUAAUGCGGAGGCGUGGAAACGCUGGUGGCAGCAGUUGGAGCUGUAUCUGUUGGCCACGGGUUUGGAUAAGGCACCCGAAAAGCGCAAGAUAGCUAUCUUGUUGCAUCUCAUAGGUGAAAAGGGCUUAAAUAUAUUCAAUACUUUCAACCUCACCAUUGAGAAGACCACGCUUGCCGAAGUCAAGUCCAAAUUUCAGAUUUUUUUUGAGCCCAGAAGGAACAUAACCAUGUGCCGUCACAUGUUCUUCACCAGAAAGCAACAGAAAUCCGAGUCGAUCGAAGGAUUCCUAGCAGAUCUGGAGAACAAAAGCCAAGAUUGUGAAUUUGGAACACUCAGGGAAUCGCUCAUCAGGGAUAUUUUCAUUGCAAAUCUGCAUAUGGAUUUAGCACAUGUACGUCAGAGACUACUCCAGGAACCUGAUCUGACAUAUCAGAAGAUGCGAGAACUGGCAAGAACACUGAUCGUCGCAGGGGAGAGAGGAUGGUGACAGUCAGAAGGCUGGACCUCAAGAACUCUCAUCUCAAUCCUCAAGUAGUCAAAUUGUCACACGUUCAGGUCGAUUUGUAAAGCCUUCUCGUAGGCUAAUAGAAGAAAUAGAUUAAGUAUAUAAUUGUAAUCUAAAUUAAGUCAUAAUUAAGUAAAAACCUUUGUCUAUCAUAACUAUGUAUAAUAAAGUCAAUUUUUGUCAAGUCA